AUGUCUCAAUUAAAUUUACUAGAGGUUGAAGUUCAACAAGAUUAUUUAAUUUACUCAGAUAUUUAUAAUAUUAAAAGCAAAAACAAUUCAAAUCUUUCAAUUUCGAAUCAAUCAAAAUUAACAAAAAAGAAGUCCAUCGAAUUUAAUCAAUAUUUUGACGCUAUAGAUUCAACAAAAAAAAUGGUUGGUUUCAUGUUUAAAUCAAAUUUAAGUACAACAAGUAUAAAUUCAUCAAAUGUUACGUCAUCAAGAACAUCCACAAGUUUAAAAAGAAAACCUCCCCCACUUUCAAUAACUAGAGAUUUGGAAAAAUUAGAUGAUAGCGUACCUAAAAGAUCACCAGCAAGAUUAUUUGAACGUUUUAAAUUAUCAUCGUCAUUAACAUCAAGUGAGAAUUUACUUUCUCCAAGUAUUCAAGCUACUUUUUCAAGAUUUGAUAAAACAAGAAAAGUGCUCAAAAAGCAAAAACAAGAUAAUAGUACUACAGCAGUUAUUAAAGCUCAACCAACAGCUACCAGCUCAAAAUCAUCACAAUCUCAACAAUCAAUCAUCCCAAAUUCCAAAAUAGAAACACCGACAAUAGAACCAAUUACUACAUCAUCAGAACCGGCAUCACCAGUUUCUUCAUAUAAUGAUUCGAGAAGUACAUUUGAAAGAGAGAGUCAAGAGUUAGAUUCAGAAUCAUCAAUUGACGAAUCAAGUAAUCAUAGUCUCCAAUUAAAACCAACAGCCACAAAUAUAUUAAAAUCUGAUAAUAUUUCAAUAUAUUCAAAAUCAUCGCAUUUAAUUAAAAGGGCUUUGGACUUUGAUUUCAAAAUGGACGAUGAAUAUGAGGAUAAUGAACCAUGUUUUAUGGAAGAUGAUUUGUACUCCUUAUUUGAUGCUGUUAAAGAUGCUGAAAUUGCUAAAAUUGAUGAUGUUAUUAAAAUUACUGGUCAAUAUGAUCUUACUACAGCUUCAAAAAUUUUGGUAAGUAACUGA